CCAACAUCAACUCUGCCUCUACAUCGACGCUCUCACCACGGCACCCUAUCCUCCGCCUCCACCCCCCCCUCUCCGCUAUCAUGCCCGACAUCAGGACUCAGCUCGAGGCGCAGGCCGGUGCUGCUCCGGGUCCUGCCUCUGAAGCUGCGCCAGCUGCAGAACCAAAGCCGCCCGUCAAGCGAUCAUACAGGCGCAAAUACCGCAAAAUGCGCGUCGCUUUUGAAGAGAAGAUGACGCUGAGCAACAACCUCAUCAAAGACGAGUGCAAGGCCGUCGCCCUGGCGCGUCGCCUGCAAGAGCAGAAUGACCAAAUGCUCGACCUCCUCCUCGACAUCAAUGACGCCGCGCGCAUCCCCGGCCACCUCCGUUUCGACCUGCGCUCGCCCUCCCCCAGUGAAUCCGUGGUGCCCUCCCUCGAAGCCGACACCGACCCGGACCCCAUCGCUAUCCAAACCGCCCUGCGCGAAGCCCGCGAGGAGCUCGUCACCGGCCAGCUUUCCCCCGAAGAGUUUGCGCGCAUCGAAUCAACCCUCAGUUCGCGCACCCUCGCCCUUGGCCCGCGCACCCUCUCCAAGCUCGCCGCCUCAACACCACACACCUCCCAGCCUCCUGCGCACCUCGACGACCUCCACCUCGGCGACAACGCACCGGGAUACCUGUCGCCGAACCACGAGGAGGAAUACUUACUAGCUGCGGAUGCGGCGCUGAUGGAUCCCUCCGUCUACGAUCCCCAGUCGCGCGACGGCCGCCCUCUCCGCCUCGCGACCCACGCCCAGCUUCCGACCGACAAAGAGCUGUCCCUGCGCAACCCGGACUCCGUCUACAACUGGCUGCGCAAGAACCAACCACAGGUCUUCCUGCAAGACAAGGACCCGCACCACGCCGAGAACGCGUCGGAGAAAUCGAGCGCGAAACCUGGUGGUGGUGGGCAUCGCGGUAAGCGGCCGAGUGCCGUGAGCACGAGUACCCCAGGCCCAAAGACAGAGCAGGAUGCACUGGACGACGAGAUCGGGUUCAUCCCCGAGGCAGGGGCCGCAGGCGCGAAGAGAGGAAAGAAUAAGGACGAUGAACCCUAUCGGCCAAAGGGAGGGAGUUCGAGGCCGCCAAAACGGAAGCGGGACGAUGGGGAGGCGGUGGUGAAGGGGCCGCGGAAGAAGAGUAGGGCGAGUGGGGGCCAGGGGGGGAGUGGUGGUGGUAGUUGAGACCCUUCGGUGCCGAGAAUUUGGUUUCAAUAUAUGCUUACUGGAUUUGCGUAGGUGAAACGACCGUGGUCGAGGGUGAUGACCCGUGGCACAGCAUAUGUCUGUCUUCUUGAAUCAAGCUGCGAGCAACUCGUAGCGAACGAUUGUGGGAGAUCGAUGAACGAUUACGCAGUAGGCUCCCGUAAAGCGGCUGCAUUACGAGUGGCGAACGUUGCAUAUGAUAUAUCUGCAGAGGGAGACAUUGAUGCAUGAAUUGGGGUCACGCAGAGGGCUAGGAGGAUCCCACCAAAGGUCGUGCUGUAAGAUAGGAUAGCCGAGAUAAUCCUUCAAUACCCCUUUUAAGCUUUCACG